AAUCUAAUACCUAGGAUAUGACUGUCAUUGCAUGACGAUUUAUCAGAUAAGCCCCGAAUAUCGUUGUGUUAACGUGAGUAAUAUCCGAGAUCCCGUUGCGUGCGUUUUAGCACGCGGAGACACACACGAAAAUGAAGAGAAUUUGGGCGGUGAUAAUACUAACGAUUUAUAGUUACAAUAUACUUCUGGCAUUAGGCGCACAGACCUGCUUCCAAUUUACAUGGCGAGGAAGUUCAAGUAAUUUGGGUAAUUCGUGUAACAAAACCGACAAUGAGAAGAAUGAAGAGACGUGUGAAGAGACAUGCCCUAAAAAUAUCCCUUGCGUGAAACCGUUUCAUAACAGUAAGUCACUUCCAUCUUCGACUCGUAGAUUAUUGGCCACUUCGCCCGUUAAUCAGUUAUUAAUAUGCGAAUUUUCAGGCACUAUAAAACCAAACACGACUAGAAUAUGGGAGCGGCGUAAUGAAAAACCUUACUACAAUUACUUUUGCAAUUUGAAUUCUGAUAAUGUUUGUAUAAAAUAUACAUACGUUUACAAUGAAGCAGAGGUGAAUGUCAGUUACUUUUGUGGAAAAGUCAUCGAAGAUCAGACAUCAGCGGUUACAUCAGGCUGUUAUACUCAACAUACUGAAGGAUAUACUAUUGAAGCAUGUGCCUGCCAGCCUGCAAACAACGCUAUGCCAUGCAACGCAACGGUAAAAAAUACAUAUUCAAUGCUAAUUACCAUCGGGGCUAUAGCUGUGACAUUGUUCUUGUAUAAAAUCUUUAAUAUUCCCUGACACAUUGUCGGUCUACUUAUCUGAUAUGAAUGAAAUUGUACGAAUUACACAUACUUAAUAUUUAUUACAAUUUGUAUGCGAUAUAUCGAUUAAGCGUAUACCUUUUUACAACUUUGUAGAACACGAAAUGUAAUUCAAAUUAUAUACAGAGACGAACAGCUCGUAUGUAUUGUAAUCGCGUGUUUGAAAAUAAAAAUAAAUAUUUAUAUAGUCGGGAAAUUACUAAGCAACAUAAACUUUGAAAUAAUCAUAACACAUGUACAUAUACACACACAUACAUAUAUAUAUAUAUAU